CGACAUCUCAUCAUUCCGCGCAACUGUCUCCAUCUCGCCCGACUUCACCCUUACCCUCAUUUUCUCUAAUUCCAGUGAGAGGGUUUUCCUCGCUACUACAUCCGUCGUCUUUCAGGCCUCCCGUUCACAGUAUCAGUCACUGCCCAAAUAUCACCCGCGAGAGGACCGCAGUUCCGUCAUCGAUAUCCGUCGGCAUCACCGAGCCAUUGAAGACGCCAUCAUCACCAAUAACUCAAACCAUCCUGCGGCCUCUGAGCCCCAGCGAACCCUCAGGCUCAGCCUCACCGUUAACCUCGACACGCUCCGCCCUCCACUGCCUCUCAACCUCCCAAGGAACAAGGACAAGGAAGGAGAAGGAUAGAAAAAGAAAACUCGCUCUCAUCACAAUGGGCCUCUCAGCAGGAGACGACCUCCCCCCCUCCUACACCGAAUCCAUCAUCACCCCCUCGCCCCUCUUCCCCCAACUCCCUACUACCACAACUACAACCUCCUCCUCCCCACUAACAACCCACCUCCGCACCCUCCCCUCCCGCCUGCGUGCGACUCAACUGGCCCGCCAGAGCGCGCAGGCCUCGCACGACCUGGCCCUGACCGACCUGCUCGUGAGGCACAUCGAGGCCUUUCUCGCCGCCGACCUCACUUCUUCUUGUGCCUCCGCCUCGUCGAUGUCGGCUGAACGGGGAGGAGGGAUGAUCCCGCCUGUCGCCGAGCUGACGCUUGUUCCGGCCUCGGCUGUGCCGGCCGAGUGGGGGAUGAGUGGUGCGGUGGAGAGGAGGAGGGAGGGGGAGUUGGUGAGGGUUGUGAGGGUUGAUAUGGGGAAGGUGGGUUCUGGUGAUGGUGAUGGUUUUGAUACCGUGGGAGAUGCGGAGGGGGAUGAGGUCGGUGGCUCGCUUGGGGCUAGGGAGGCUGGGUUUGAUGAGUGGGGGCGGUUUGACACUGAUGGUGGCUCCGGAGGUAAUGCUGCCGGGCGGCAGGGUGGGUGGUGGUUUACAGAUGAGGACAUGGCCAGCCGGCUGGCGGCGUAUCUGAGGCCCGAGCCGACCUCUGACAGGAAACACAUCCAGCCUGUGGUGGUGGAGAAGAAGGCUGUGGGGAAAGAGAAGUCGGGAUGGGGACGUUGGGGCCUGGGUGGGGGCAGAAAGAAGGCUGCAGAGCAGAGUUCGCCUGUGGUGGCGCCUCCUGUGUCGCCGGGUUUGUCGAGCUUCGGGUCUGGCGCGGAAAAUGACUCGGUUAAGAUGACUGUUACGGCGGAGGAGGUUACGUUCAGGAAGGAGAAUGAGUUUGGCUUGUGGGAAAGCAGGACCGGGUGGGGGAUUGUAGUAACCGUCAAGGUAAAGCGUUGAGCUCUAGGUGCAUGUUGAGCACCUGAUUUUCAAAGUUUGAAAUAUUGGGUUGCUCAGGAAUUGGUCGUGGCAAGGGAGGCAAUGAUAUUCUAUAGCAGCGGAGCAGUUGAAUAG